UGGCGGGGGCGGGCCCCGCGGGACGGCAGCGGCAGCAGCAGAGGCGGCGGGCCCCGUCCGAGCGCUGAGCGCGGCGGGCCAUGGGGGCGGCGGCGGCGGGGGGCUGCGGGAGCCCUGCCCUGCCCUGCCCGCCCGCCCGCCGAGCCCGCGGCGCUUCCUGAGGGAGCGGCGGCGGCGGAGCCCAGCGCAGCCAUGUGAUGCCGGAGGAGCGCGGUGGCGAUGAUAUGGAAUGUGGGCAGCUGCCUCCGGCCACGCUCCGACAGGUGACGGUCCAGCGCCACCCCCUCCUCGGAUUCGGCUUCGUGGCUGGCAGCGAGAGGCCCGUGGUGGUGCGCUCGGUGGCUGCAGGCGGCCCCUCUGAGGAUAAACUCCUGCCAGGAGACCAGAUCUUGGCCAUCAACGAUGAGGAUGUGAGUGAAGCCCCCAGAGAGAGAUUCAUCGAGCUUGUCAGGAACGCCAAGGACUUCAUCAUCCUCACGGUUCUGCACACCCACCAGUCCCCCAAAUCUGCUUUCAUCAGCGCAGCCAAGAAGGCAAAGCUCAGGUCCAACCCGGCCAAGGUCCGAUUCUCUGAGCAGGUGACGGUCGGCGAGACAGACCCAGACAUGUUGAAGAAAGAAGCUCUCCUCCUCAUUCCCAACGUGCUGAAGGUUUUCCUGGAGAACGGGCAGAUCAAAUCCUUCACGUUCGAUGGCCGAACCACUGUGAAGGACGUGAUGGUGACGCUGCAGGACCGCCUGUCACUGAGGCACAUCGAGCACUUUGCCCUGGUCCUGGAGUAUUCCAGCCCCGAGCAGAGCCACCGCUUCCUGCUGCUCCAGGACAAGCAGCCCCUGGCCCACGUGGUGCAAAGAACACACUACCACGGCAUGAGAUGCCUCUUCCGUGUGAGCUUCUUCCCCAAGGACCCGGUGGAGCUGCUGCGCCGGGACCCUGCAGCUUUCGAGUACCUGUACAUCCAGAGCCGCAACGAUGUGAUCAGAGAGCGCUUCGGCACAGAGCCCAAGCCUGAGAUGCUGCUGGGGCUGGCUGCCCUCCACAUCUACAUCACUGUCUCAGCCACCCGCCCCAGCCAGAAGGUCUCCCUCAAGAAUGUGGAGAAGGAGUGGGGGCUGGAGCCCUUCCUGCCCCCCUCGCUCCUGCAGCUCAUCAAAGAGAAGAGCCUCCGGAAAUCCCUCUCGCAGCAGCUCAAAGCCCACCAGCACCAGCCUGGGGGCACCAAGGUGUCCACAGCCCAGGCCAAGCUGCAGUACCUGAGGAUCCUGAACGAGCUGCCCACCUUCGCUGGGGUUCUCUUCAACACCGUGGGACUGCAGGAUGAGAAGCAGCCAGCCACCACCCUGCUGGUGGGACCCCGGCACGGCAUCAGCCAUGUCAUAGACCUGAAAACCAACCUCACCACGGUGCUGUCAGAGUUCAGCAAGGUCAGCAAGAUCCAGCUGUUCAGGGAGAACCAGGGCGUGGCCCGGGUGGAGACCAGCAUCCUGGAUGCCAAGCCCCUGGUGUUGCUGAUGGAGUGGCCUGAAGCCACCAACUUCGCCUGCCUCAUCGCGGGCUACUGCCGGCUCCUGGUGGACUCCAAGAAGAUGAUCCUGUCCAGGGCCCCCAGCCAGCCACCCCCUCCUCAGAUUAUCAAGGCAGAUUACAUCAACGCACACAACUUCCAGCGGCCUGCCACGGCAGGGCACGUGGGAAAGAAGGAGAAUGGGCUGGUGGGUGGCUCUGCCACUGUCCCCGGAGCAGCCGGGGCUGCUGCCAGCCGGGACUCGGAGCUCAUCCGCUUCUGCUACCUGCACAUGCGAGAGCAGAGGAAGGAGAGGGAGAGCGCCACGGAUAUCAAUGAAAACCUGAUCUUUUUUGAGGAAACUCGUCCCAGGACCAAAUCUGACCCCACUUCCAAAAGCUCUGGCCAAGGCUACAACGGGGCAGCCAAGGAGUGCGACCCGGCUGGCCUCGAGCAGGAGAGGCAGGGCAGCAGGGCCAGGGCUCACACCAUAGACACGCACCUGCGCGGCGACAGCGCCCACCUGUACUGCGAGUCCUGCCAGGCCAAGAUCCGGAGCCAGCUGGCCUCGGGCACGGCGGGCAAGCCCGGCAGCACCCGCGACACCACCGUGGACCUGAUGUCGCUUCCCCCUCCCGGCAACGACGAGGAAGAAGACGAGACAACGUCCCUGCUCCCCGCCAUCGCCGCUCCCCCUCCUGGCUUCCGAGACAACAGCUCCGACGAGGACGACCCCAAGCGCCGGGCGGCUGCCCAGAGCCAGGAGCAGGGCCGGCACCUCUGUGGCAUCCUGUACGACGAGAUCCCGGUCACCCUGAUCGACAGCGUGCAGCCACGGACCGUGCGGGACCACGCCCAGGAGCUGGAUGAUGCCCUGGUGUCCACCCUGCAGGCGCUGGAAGCCCUGGCUGCCUCAGAGGAUUGUCCACAUCCCCCACCACAGCAGACAGCAGGUCUUAUUGUCCUGGCUGCCAUCACUCCUGAGUCAUCCCUGGACUCUGGCCACGAGACGAACUCCUCAGAGCUGACUGAUGUCUCGGAGAUGGUCUCUGCCAUGAAGCAGCACCAGAACGCUGCCUACUUCCUCACCCAACACAUCAACAAAGAAAACCUCCUGGCCAGGAAGGACUUGCCUUUCCGAAUCCAGAGCUGUGCUGCCCAGGCUGUUCUCACCUCCCCCUACGCCCUGAGCCGCCAGGAGCCCUCACUGAAGCCAGCCUUCUCCACCCAAAGUCCCAGCCUUACCAACUGCAAGAGCAAGCAGGAGCAGCAGCCCAGGGAGCAGAGCUGCACCUCGGCUGCCCAGCCAGGGCUGAGCCCCCAGCUCAGUGAGCAGGGCAAGGGGGCUGCUGUGCUAAGCUCUGAGUGCAAAGCUGCUGCAGCUCACACAAAAGCUGCCUUUGAGGUAUCUCUGCAUGGCACAGCAGCCCCAAGCAGGGAGCAGGCACAGGAUCUACAAGAGAAGAUGCCCAAGGAGGUGCAGCCAAGCUCCAAGCUGCUCCUGGAUCAGAAGAGCAGUGUAGCUCCAGCCAUCGUUUCAGCUGCUCUGCAGCAGGUGGCAAAUGCAAAAGCCUCAGCUCCCCAAGUGGUAUCAGCCUUAAAAGAAGACCAGAACGUGAAUGGUACCAGCAGCAAGCCUUUGACACUUAAAGGAGGUCCACAAACUGCAGAGACACUGUGCAACUGUCAGCAGCAGCAGCAGCAGGUCUCUCCACAGCAGCACUGUGAAGUUUCUCCAAGUCCUAAGGAAGCUCCUGGCAGUCAGGCUGAAGCUUUCCAUCUUGCCUCAGCAGGUGAGGAGAUGAUGCCCAGUAAGACUUUUGCCUCUAAAAGCUACCAGCAAAAAGUGAGUAGGGAUGCUGCAGGAAAAGCUGCGAGCGGAGAGACAGGUCAGAAGGCAGGUGGGGAAGCCACAAGCCUCGUCUUGCAGAAACACUCAGCUCCUUCAAACCAAGGACAGAAAAUACAACAGGAAAGCUCGGCCAAAAUCUUAAAAGCUGAGAGCAGCAAUGUGCACUCUGCAUCACCUGGUAGCACUUUCAGGAGCACCAGUGAGGAAGCCAAAGGGCCAAUCCAGCUGAUGCCCAGAUCCGAGAGCCUGCAGAUUAGCACUGUGCCUUCCAAAAAAGUAGAGAAAGUCCUGGAGGUAACCCAGCAAGAUGCUGAUGUCCCAGCUAAACCCAAAGCCCCAAAAGCUCCCUUCAGGCUUAGGAACCUGUUCUCUGCAACAUUUCCCACGCGGCUGAAGAAGGAGACGGACGAGCGGCAGGCCCAGCUGCAGAAGGUGAAGCAGUACGAGCUGGAGUUCCUUGAAGAGCUGCUCAAGCCAAAGAGCAAAGGUGACCUCCCACCACAGGAGUACCUGCACCCGCCUGCCCCUGGGCGCUGCAGCUGCCAGCUGAGGAGCAGUCCUGUGCAGAAAGUGCCAGGGAUGUCCAGGGAGCAGAGGCGCAGCUGCGACUGCAAGCGGAUUUGCAGGGGAAUGAGGCCACCCCCCAACCAGCUGGUGGUGCCAGAACUGGAGAGGCGAGGCAGGGAUAAAGCUGCAGAUGAGCAGAAGCAGGUGGAAGCCAUAAGGCUGACCAGCAUGAGCAGCCCUUCCAAAGGCAAACGGAUCCGAUCCACAAGUUUGGAGUCCAGAGACAACCGGUCAGACCCAGAGAACGGCAUGUCCUGUCUGACAACGUGCACCUCCCGCGGGGAGUGCAUGGGUGCACCCCACUACAGGAAGCUCUUGCGUCGCUACAGUGUCAGUGAAAUAGAUAAGACUGAAAAGACAUCCCUGUCCUCUGACGUCUACCAGAACAUCUACACAACCAAGCAGAAAGGCCCCCAGAAAGAGCCUGAGCCCAGCAUCCUCUGUCCUGUUCUGAAGAGCAAAAUCCAGGAAGCCACUGGAGUGGCUGACCCCUCCUACGUCCAGAUAGCACAGGACAAAAAGAGCCAGAAGGGUUCAGCAGUGUUCUCUGUCCAGGAGGAGAUGUACCCGAGUCCUGCUGAGCUGCGGGAUGAAGACAUGGAGGAUGAGAAGUGCUGCUCCAUCCGCUACUGCUUCUACUACAGGAAAUGCGAUGUUGCAGAUGAUGGGAGCGAGAAGGAUGAGCUGUCCUAUUCCAUCCCCAUGCAGAUACUCCCAGGAAUGAAGCUGGACAAUCAGAUGGUCCCAGUAAUGAGCAGGACUCUUCAGGUCCUGGACGCAACAGCCUGCAGCAGUCCCAACGAGAGCCAGACCCAGGAGAUAGAUUUAAGGACCUCCAGUUUUGAGGGGAGCUUGGCGAAGAUCAACACCCUUCGAGGCCAUGCCUACAGCUUCCCCAACGGGUUCCUGCAGGUGCAGCUGGACACCAACGAGCUCCUGACCAUCCUGAGGCAGUGUGUGCUGAGCCCCGAGGUGCGGGACUGCAAGCCCUACAUCUCCCAGCUGGCUGAGUACAAGCAGGAGCUGGCCCUCAAGUUCAAGGAGUUCCGGGCGUCCUGCCGCCGCGUGGCCGCCGUCGACAAGAGUCCCACCCACAUGCUCUCGGCCAUCACGAGCAGCUUCCAGGUGCUAAGCAGCCUCAUCGAGACCUUCGUGAGGCUGGUGUACGUUGUGCGCUCCGAGUCCCAGCGCCAGGAGCUGCUGACCAAGGUGGAGGAGGUGGUGAGGAACUACACCUUCCUCCUGAAGGCUGCCGAGGAGUCCACGGCCAGGACGCUGAGCCACCAGCACACUGUGGAGCAGCUGGCCCGCCAGUCAGCCACGGUGGCCACGGUCAUGAGCACCCUGACGCGCUCCCUGAAGACGCUGAUCAAUAAGUAAAGCCAGCUGUGAAGACCAAGGAGGCAGUGUGUGCCAGGCCACGCUCUCACAUCUCACAGGUCUGCUGAGGAUGCGGUGCCUGCAGGCCCACGCUGACCACGGUCUGCGGUAGCCAAGACACUCUUUGAUCUCUGCAGAAUGCAUGGUUGUGUUGGUGAGGGGUUUGAAGGGUGAAUCUGUGCCCUGUCACAAGCUGUGCAAUCUGCUGGUCCAGGGGCUCAAGCAGCUUCUCUGCUUGUUGUCCCACACUGGCUCGUUGGUGACAGUGCUUGGGAGGUGCAGGCACCCCAUCCCCACACCAGUGUGGUUCCAUGGGGCUCUGGGCCUUGCUCCUGCAGACCUCUUUCACAGUUUGUGGUGGGCCAGUGAGCUAUCAGGAGCUGAGCUGAGAUCUCCUAGCUCCCCUUGGGCACUCUGGAGCCAAACCAGUGUCUUGCCACGUAAACAACUCUUCUGCCUCCAGGAUCUUCCUGGCCCACAAACACAACGUAAUCAGCAGCAGAAGGGAUCUGAGCUGGGGCUUGGCAAGCAGUCCUAGCAGGUUAUGGCAGGUUGCCAUCAUGCUGGCACAGAGCUGGGCACCCUACUGGGCUCUGCUCUCACAGCUUAGGCCCCAGUGCUCCAGUCCUGAGCACAGGCAUUGCCUGUGCCACUGGCAAGGGCUCAAUGCCUGCAAGGGGGGACAAUCCAGAGAACCACAGGACUGUCAGUCCGACCUCGGUGACAAGAAGGUCACAGAGCAGACGAUCAUGAGUGCCAUGCCAUGGCACACACAGGACAAGGGGUCAGGCCCAGCCAGCACGGGGGAAGGGCAGGUGCUGCUUGAGCAGCCUGGCCUGCUUGCAUGACAGGGUGACUCUCUGUGGGUGAGGGAAAGGCUGGAUUUUAGUAAAAAAUCUAACACUGUGUUUUUCACUGUGUUCUUCAGCAUUCACCUGGAGAAAUAUGGAUGGAUGGAUGGAUGGAUGGAUGGAUGGAUGGAUGGAUGGAUGGAUGGAUGGAUGGAUGGAUGGAGAGGCCCCAGAGAGUGGUGGGGAAUGGAGUUAAAUCCAGCUGGGGCCAUCACCAGUGGUGUUCCCCAGGGCUCAGUGCUGGGCCCUGUCCUGUUUAGUACCUUUUGAGGACACCCCCAGUCAGUCUGCAGGUGACCCCAGUUUGGUGGGAGUGCUGUGCUGCAGGGCAGGAAGGCUCUGCACAGGGAUCUGGCCAGGCUGGCUCCAUGGGCUGAGGCCCAACCAGGUCCUGUCCUGGGUCACACCAAGCCCUGCAGCUCCAGGCUGGGCAGAGGGGUUGGAAAGGGCCUGGUGGGAAAGGCCCUGGGGGUGCUGCUCACCAGCAGCUCAACAGGAGCCAGGUGUGCCCAGGUGGGCAAGAGGCCAUGGGCACCUGGCCUGUCCCAGCCAUGGUGGGGCAGCAGGACCAGGACAGUGACUGUCCCCUGCCUGGGCACUGCUGAGGCCACUCCUCAAAUCCUGGGUCCAGCUCUGGGCUCCUCACAACAAAACAGACACUGAGGGGCUGGAGCGUGUCCAGAGAAGGGAAUGGAAUGGAGAAGGGUCUGGAACACAAUUGUGAUGGGGAGCAGCUGAGGGGGCUCAGCCUGGAGCAAAGGAGUCUCAGGGGGGACCUUCUGGCUCUGCACAACUCCUGGCAGGAGGGAGCAGCCAGGUGGGGAUCGGUCUCUUCCCCCAGGUAGCAAGAGACAGGAUGAGAGGAAAGGGCUUCCUGUUGUGCCAGGGGAGGUUUAGAUUGGUUGUAAGAAAAAUUUCUUCACUGAUGGUGGUCAGGUUUUGGAACAGGCUGCCCAGGGAAGUGGUGGAGUGACCAUCCCUGGAGGUGUUUAAAAGACCUUUAGUUGUGGCAUUUGGGGACAUGGUUUAGUGUGAUGCCCUUGGCAGUGUUGGGGGAAUGGUUGGACUCAAUAAUCUUAGAGGUCUUUUCCAACCAAAACAAUUCUGUGUUCCUCUUCUGGAUGGCUGAAUCCAUGCUAGAGGUCCUGCAAGGAACCCAGACUGAUUGAUCCUUGACCACUGCACGCCAGAAGCUGGGCUAGCAGCUGAGGGGAGACCAUUGUCACACCAUUCUCCAGAGGUCAGGUUCAUGUCCCCAAGGCUCAGCCCAAACCCUCUCCUAUUUCUUUUCACUGUGACCAUCAGAGAGGAGCCCUGAUCAGCUCUGACUGUGAGCCAGGCAGGGGCUCCCCUCCUUGCCAGGUUGUUGGGGUUCCUUUUCUGUCUUCACCAGGCUGACUGCCAUAAGAAGCAUUAUUUAGUUCUCUGAGGUGGUUAUUUACUUGGAGUUGGGGGGUUUGUUUGUUUGGGGGUUUUUGUUUUCACUCCUAGGUGAAUGGUAAAAUGAUUCCUACUUGUGUUCCUCCCCACCCCAAGGCUCCCCUCCUCCUCCUCCUCCUCCCAGUCGAGUAACAGACAUAACCAAUGAGACAGCCUUAACUGGUGUUCCCCUGCAGCCACCCACCCUCCAAGAGAGAGCAAGGAGAGAAAUGCAAGGUCACCCAUGGCAUUGCCCUCACCCUGACACCCACUGCAGCUCGGGAUCCCUGUGCCUGUCCCUGUCACAGCCUCUGGCCGGGCAGGAGGGCACAGCCCUGCUCACAGCCCUGUUCACAGCCCUGCUCACAGCCCCGGCCUCAGGGGGUGAGAGCAGCUGUCCAAGCCAAGCAGCUUGCCCCAGCCCUUGGGGAUGAGCAGUCGCUUCCCAUCUCUAUGAUUUUUGAUAAAUAUGCACAUUGGAAAUGUCUCGUUCUUCCAUAGGAGCUAUGGAAAUGCACAGAUGUGCUUUUAACACUGCGUCCUCGGAGUGCAAUAAGCUCCCCUGGCCCGGGGCUGUCAGCAAGGCACAGAGCAUCCUGCUGUGGGGACAGCCUCCUGAUUCCAAGAACCAUGUAGCAAAUAUCCAGUGGAAGAGCCAGUUGGGACUUCAGUCCAUGGUGGGCAAGGCCUGUUUCAGUGCUGAAGGCUGACAGGGUGUUUUCCUUUCCCUGGGAAUUACCUAGUUAUGAAACUCUGAGUUUCUUCAAAGCUCCCCGUUAUGCCUAUAUCAUUCCUCCAUAAAUCUCUCAGUCUAAUACAGAGGAAAAUUUUUUUAUUGUCUGUAUAUAUUAUAUAUAAAUAAAAAAAUAUAUGUUAUAUCUAUACACAAAUUUAUGUCUUGUUUUACAAACAAGAAAGAUUAAAUAUAUUAAUCUUAAUA